UGAAGUGGGAAAGGUGUGAAUUGAAAUAUAACGGAACGCAGUGGAAAGAAGUAUACGGUAGAAUAGGUUCAAGGGUAAAAAUCAACAUGUAGGUAAGAUGGAUAAUGAAUCUUAUCGAGAGCAAACGCAGAGCAUUGGGGAAGCUGUCGAGAGCUGCAACUAGUACAUAGUACGAGAGGUGCUGUAAUACGCUUUGCCUUCGGCCUCGAGAAUUCAGCCAGCAAGCUUCGAUAGCCGCCGAGCGAAGCGCGCGCGCGUACACGCUGGUAUAUUGAUGCGCAAAGCGUGGAUGUCGGCGCAGGCGCCACGUCGUUAUCAGGUUCUCUUGCUCGCUCUUUCGCGCCCCCAGCGCUGAUUAGCUUCGUCUCUCUGUCUCACUGUCUGCCUCGGUCUAUCACGGCCCAGUGGAAAAACGGUCGAUAUUUUAGGUAUGGCGGAGGCCAACGGUGGCGCGGGCGUCUCAUUGCUGCGCGGCGAUCCAGCAGCUUGUCCGUGAGCCGUCAACUCGACGAGGCCAGUGCGAGAGUGAGAGUCGUCGCUUCGGUCUUACCUCCGGGGCAGGUCCGCCUCUCCAGCAGUACCUUCAGAGAAGGCGUCUCGCGAUUCUAGGGCCCGCUCGAUCGGCCGAUACAUAGACACUCUCUGUCUACGCACCUAGGUGCACACUUCGGUACACCCUCCCACACUGACUCACGUAUACGCGCGCGCAUCGACGCGCAGUCUCACCACCACCAUCACCACCACCACUCACAGUCGAGCUCGCUUCUUGUCCGCAACAGUCUUUUCGGGCUUUGUCAGCGUGCGAGUCGACUCCAGUGAAGAUUUCAAGUGCUAAUUGCAGUGUAUCUGGCCCUCCUUCGUCCAGUCAACGUCGACCCGUUGACCCCCUCACCUCAACAAGAUGGCUGGCCAAGAUCCAAAAUGGCAGAAGGAUGCGUCGGAUCAAAAUUUUGACUACAUGUUUAAAUUGUUAAUAAUUGGUAACUCAUCAGUGGGCAAGACUUCGUUCCUGUUUCGCUAUGCCGACGACUCUUUCACGUCGGCCUUCGUCUCAACUGUGGGAAUUGACUUUAAGGUGAAGACGGUGUUCAGGAAUGACAAGAGGGUCAAGCUGCAAAUCUGGGAUACGGCAGGUCAAGAGAGAUAUAGGACCAUCACAACGGCCUACUACAGAGGAGCAAUGGGCUUCAUAUUGAUGUACGAUAUUACCAAUGAAGAGUCCUUCAAUUCGGUUCAAGAUUGGCUUACACAGAUCAAAACUUACUCGUGGGACAAUGCUCAAAUCAUCCUCGUCGGCAACAAAUGUGACAUGGAAGACGAGCGAGUGAUUAGUUUCGAACGGGGCAAACAGUUAGCUGAACAUCUCAAAGUUCAAUUUUUUGAGACGUCAGCGAAAGAAAAUACUAAUGUCAAGGCGGUAUUUGAGACUCUAGUGGACAUAAUUUGCGACAAGAUGAGCGAGUCCCUGGACAACGACCCCACUUUAAUGGCAGGUGGAGCUGGACAGAACAAGGGUCAGCGACUGACCGAUCAGCCGACCAACCCCACGGAUACCAACUGCAACUGCUAAGAGUCGCACCUGAACGAUGAGAAGCAGCUAGCCUCUCCGUUUCAAACGAAAUGGCUCUCUAUAGCAAGUCAAACCUCUUCGCCGUUCCUUCCUUACUACGUUCGUCCAUUUUAUUUUCUGAAUUUUGUUUUCUUUCCGAUGGAUUGUUCAUAUCAUUUUGUUCGGAUAGAUAGAGACAAAAUGAUCAAAGAUGGACGAGUUUUCGCUUCGACGGUUGCUCGAGCGUAAACGCUCUAGGGACUUGAUCAUUUCAGGUCGAUACUUCGACUUUCAUUUUGUUUUCAUUUUGCUUUUCAAACGCAAUGCGUUCAAAACCCGGACUACGCUUUGACUCGACGCGACAAACAAUAUUUAUAUAUUAAUUGGCCUGUUUCUCACUGUACCAAUGACGUGUGCGAAAAAAGUAUGUCAAUAUUACAAGUAAAUUAAACGUUGUUUGAUAACUUGUCAAGUGUGCAAACAAAAAAUCAUCUCUUCCAAAGAUAACAUAGAAAUGCUCGGAUUACCUAACUGCAAUGUAAGGAAUGCAUUGGAUCUCGCGUUCAAUGAUACGAUGUGUUCUCGUUUCAAAGGAAUUUAAUUAUUGUUUUGGUUAUCAAGCCCUAUGCUUUUUUUCAAUUGAAUUCAACUAUGUGGCAUUUUCAUUGUAAGCUUACAAUAUGUGCUGACAAUGGAAAAGCGCCAUUCGUCAAUGCAUUAAGACUGUAUAGGAUAGAGAAGAAUAUCUUUGAAUUUGAAUUAUGGUACAUUGUUUAAAAGCUGUUAUACGAAGAUUUUUAUUUAGUCGGAAAUUAGUUCUCCUUAUAAUUUUAAUGGCGUUAAAUUCUAACAUACUGCAACGAAUUAUCAUUGAUGGGAUGCGUAACGCUUAUCACCAUCGUGUGUUUGAAUGAUUUUUGUUAUCAUAAAACGCUUAUCUGCUCCAUCCUUCAAUCUUUCAGCUUGAUUGAAUCGGCGUAAUGCAUUCAAGUUUUAUAAUAACAGUAAUCAUUCUUUCAACUAAUUUUCUCUGCACAAUGUAAUUUCGCGUAAAGUUGGUGUAAUGCAUUAUUGUGUAAAAGAACCAAGCGAGCGCUCGAGCAUCCGCAGUUAUGUUUUGUAAGAUUAUGUGUUGGCUGAAGUAAUAUGGACCGCGUCCAUGAGGCGUCAUGUAUCAUGUGAAUGUCUAAAAAUACAUUUGACAUAUGUUCAAAAAAUACAUACACUAAUCGUGUACUAUCUUUACAUAAUUACGACAAAUUACGUGAACAUGUACCAUCUAUUGAAGCAGCGUGUCUAUAAACAUUCGUAAACCUAAUUUUUAUUCAUUACGACAGUUCUUAUGUAUCAAGAAUGUCGGGAACAGCUUUUUGCUACCUAUUAUUUACUCGAAACAAACACGAAUUCAUUUUAAUUCAACAGUCUUCUAUGUUUCAUCAAGCUAAAUACAUUUUUCAUUCAUUCAGUUUGAAACCAUUCAAUGUGCAAAUGCGUUGAAAAUAUAAAUAGUAGAUUAAAUGUUUUAAAAGACGUAGAAUAUUAAGAAUAGCGGAAAGUACAGAAAUGAAAUUUUAUCAUAUUAUUACAUUUUUAUUUCUUUCUUUAUUCAGCAAUCAUUUUUAUAGCCAAAGCUUGUCUGAGUAAUGCAAUUGAUGAUCUAUCUUAUGAUUCUAGGUUUUAUUUAUAUAAAUUUUCUUGACUAUCUAUUUUUUAACAAAAAGCUGUGUAUUUAAAUUUCCAAAAAUAUGGUUCUCAGUAAAGUAAUGCAAAAUUGAUAACAUUUGGAAAAUCAUCUUGAAGCUACACAUUGAAGCAUACUCAUACUAAGAGCAAAAAUUAUAGUCACUUGAGUUGUAGUGAUACAAAUUCUAAUAUUUUACAAGUUAUUAACUGCAAAAUAAUUAAAAAAGUUUUGCUAUUCAAAGUUGAUCAAGCCAUAAAAUCCAUCAAGUUCGAAUUUAUUAUAUCUAAUUAAAUUUUUUCCUUAAUUGUGCAUUUAUAUAUAUUGAUUAUUUUCAUAAUUUAUAUGGACAAAUUAUCAGAGUUGCUAUUUAUUAUUAGAUUUUUUUAAACUGUAUGUCAUCUUUCGGGAUAUUUUAGAAUAUUAUUACAUUUUGUAUGAAAAUGGAAGCUGCCAUCGAUCAUAUAAAAUAAGCUUCAGUCGUUCAAUGGCUCGAUCUAUAUCGUCGUCUCUCAAAAACACGUAAUUUUCUGAAAUGACUAGUAAAAUUUAGAAAAAUAUCGAAAUUUCUAUAUUGAGUUUUGAUCAUCAACAAAAAAUCAUAAAUGGAAUAAGUUUUAUAUAGCACACUCAAGUUUUUUUGGCAUUUUGAAUUAAAACGGUAUUUGUGUAAAAUUUUGUAGUAUUGUUGAAAAUAACCACUUUGUUAUAUUCAGACGAUGAUUUGCGCAAGAAUUACGUCAAUUAUGGCGAACAAAAAACAUCAAAGUAAGAGAUCACGGCGCUAAAUCGUGUCCGCAUUAGUACUUCAGCUACCACAGUGUUAUAAUUAAUAUAACUAUACGGGCAAGCUGCCAAUUGUACAUAUACAAAAAAACUAUAUUAUUGAUUCUGUAAUGAAGUGUAAUGUACGCGUUAUUCAUUCAUGUGACUUAUAAAGAAAAAAUAAAUGAAUGGGGACCUAUUCUUCACCAAGCAGAAUAGUAACCAAGUUAUUAAAAAUUUAGUGAAACAUGUAUUCACCCUCACCAUUCUUCUUAUGUUACUUAUUACAAUUUAACGUCAACUAUUUGUCCCUAAUCAUUUCAAAUAAUUUUUUGUAAAUUAUUUAUCCUUUAUUUUAUUUGAUAGAAAUUAUUUGUUUCCAUGUGAUUUUUGAUGCAAAGAUAUCAAAGUUAGACGAUUCAUUCAUUUUGAGUCUAAGAAAUCUUGAAGAAUGUUGAAAUAAAUUGAUUUUUAAUAAAUUCUUUUAUUAAUUAUAUUGACUUUUGAAGACUAGUAAUAUAUAUUAUACACUAUUUUUACUGAAGCAUAAAUUAGUAAAAGUACUAUUCAUAUAUAUGUCUAGCUUGAGGUAUGUAAGUAAAAAGAAUCAAGAUAGCACGUCGCAGAUACAUUAUUAAGGGCACAAAAGUCGUUUCUUGAUACUUGUAUGUAUGUAUGUAAUGUGUUAGCAGUCUUGUUAUCUGUCUAAUGUUAUAAAAUAAUUUAAAUAUUGAAUAUAUACUGUAACAACUUCUGCCGUAAAAAAUAUGAAAACAUGAACUAUUUUAAAUCGAAAAUAACAAUCCACGACGGGCGAAAACAAUGUAAAAUACUACUGUAACAUUUAAUCAUUUUCAAAAUACAAUUGAGCUAUAAACAAUGUUAAAAUUUUGUGUUAGCUAAUAUAUCAUGUAUACAUACACACAUCAUUAAAGGUAAUCAACUGUGUAAUUGAUUCAACAUGGAUAACAGGCGUAUAUGUACCUAUAUGCAUUUGCCAUAUUAUAUAUACAUAAUAGAAAAAACCGUUGUACGUAUGUUCAUUCAAAAACCUUCAAAGUCGUGUUAUUUUUAUUCUGAAAGAAUAACAGAAUUGUUUAUACAAAACUCUGAUUUUAUAAAAGACAAGCAAUGUACUAGCGUUGAGAUAAAAAAAAUAAGAUAAAUUAUAUACUUAAUCUUCAUUUUAGGGAUCGGUAUACGAGUGAUAUAUUAACAUUUAUGUCUACUUUAUAAAAUCUUUACUACUUUUCAUUGAUUAUUUCAUUGACUGAUUAUUAUAUAAGGCUAUGAGUUCUGAUUUGUAAAGGAUUUGAUGCAAGAUGUGGACAAACAUAAUAUAUUAUCUAAAGAUAUUUUUAAAAUCUUCAUUUUAUAUUGGAUAAAGUUAAUUGAA